ACAUCGAGUCUGGCGCUUCAGACGCCGGUAUUAAAUUCGAAAAGAAAUAUAUCGAAAUGAAGUAUUUUGUGAAUUGUUGUAAAAUUUUCAUAUUUGUCUUGCAACUUAUUGCUGCCACUUCGGCUGAGUUCUAUAGCUCAACUGCUGGCCUAGAGCAACUAUAUAAAACCGAAGUGAUUCUUCUGGACGAGCUGCAGGUCUAUGUAAAUGAAAUUACACAACAUGUUCAGGCUUUGCAGAGCGAAAUCGAUGCCAUUCGAAUGGAGCAUCUUAGUGCCGGCGAGGGCAUCGAGAGCUAUCUGACCAAUCCGGUGAACGCCUUCCGUCUGAUUAAACGUCUGCACAGCGAUUGGGAGACCUUUGAGGGCACCGUUGAGGGCGAUACAAGUCGCACAAACUAUCUAGAGGCCAUGGCCGGGCAUAGGCAGAACUUGAGUUUCCCCACGCAAGAUGAUUUUGUGGGCACGGCGAUUGCAUUGACGCGUUUGCAGAAAACCUAUCAACUGGAUGCGGCCGAGUUGGCUAGCGGCAUGCUGAAUGGCGUUAAAUAUGGAACUGCCAUGUCGUGGCAGGAUUGUUUUGUGCUGGGACAACAUCUUUAUGCCUUACGAGAUUACAAUCACACAGUACCUUGGCUGGAGCAAUCUAUGCAACUUCUGAUCCGACAAAGCUAUGCCGAGGAGUCCGCCUCUCUCGAUUUCAUGGAGGCCGUUAUGAGCUAUUACCAGCAAAUGGGCGACUAUGAGAAUGCCCUCAGUUUGGUCAAUUAUGUGCUUGCCGUACAGCCAGAGCGUUUGCAUCUUAUGGAGAUGCGCUCAGAAUUGGAACAUCUCAUAACCGAUGGCGUCAAGCAGGGAUUACUCCAUGAGACUUUGCGGGCGCCAGGCGACUAUCAUAGUUCACAUGAGUUUCGUCUUUACGAGCAGGUCUGUCGCGGAGAAACACGUCCAUCUGCCAAAUCUCAGCGAGAACUGCGCUGUCGUCUGCAGAGAAGUCGUUUAAGCUAUGAAGUUCUGGAAUUAGAAGAACUCCAUCAGGAUCCUUUUGUAGUGCAAGUGCACAAUAUAGUCAGUCAAAAGGAUAUGAAUUUGCUGCAGAAAAUCGCACGUCCAAACAUACAACGUUCACAAGUUUAUGCACAGGACCACAAUGCCAAUGAGACUGUUGCUGCCGCCUAUCGCACCAGUAAGGGAGCCACCUUUGAGUACUUUGAACACCGAUCCAUGGAGCUUCUGAGUCGGCAUGUGGCAGACCUUUCAGGACUUGACAUGAACUCUGCUGAGUUGCUGCAAAUAGCCAACUAUGGCAUUGGUGGACAUUAUGAACCGCAUUGGGAUUGCUUUCCUGACCAUCAUGUAUACCUUCCCGACGAUCGAGAUGGCAAUCGCAUAGCCACUGGAAUUUACUAUUUAUCCGAAGUUGAAGCUGGCGGAGGUACAGCAUUUCCAUUCCUACCUCUACUAGUCACUCCUGAACGAGGCAGUCUUGUCUUCUGGUACAAUCUGCAUAGGUCUGGUGAUCAAGAUUAUAGGACUAAGCAUGCUGCCUGUCCAGUUCUUCAAGGGAGCAAAUGGAUUGCCAAUGUUUGGAUACGGCAAAGCAAUCAGGACCAAAUACGUCCUUGCGGUCUUCAGCGAGAUAAUGAAGUCUCUUUGCCUUUCAAGGAAUUUCAAUAAACACUAUAGUAUUAUCUAUCUACAUACGGUAAAGCAUUUAAUUAUUCAUAGGCUUAUAUUUAAGGCAAGGCCCCUUUAACUCUUGUCCCACAUCAUGUAUCCAUUUACUUAUUACUAGAAAAUUUAAAUAAAUUAAUACAAAUUAGCUAUAUAUUAUAGCGAUCUUGUCUUGAAA